CAGACUUCUGGAACAGCAGCUCUUCUGAAGGCUAGUUGUGACACCCAAAGUGACAAGAGCAGGCCCAUCUUCAGCCACCUCAUCCAGAAAGAAAAAGGGGUCUCAGGCCUGAGUUCCUGGAGACCAUGUCAGUAUAAGAACCACCAGGGCAAGUGUACGGGAAUGGUAUCACCACAGGGUAUUGUGUUCUCUCACAUUGGAAAAGCUAGCUGUGCAGGAAACUAAAAACAAAGAAUCUUGGGCAUGUUCACAGGCCUUAUCAAAGAAGAGUGCUAUAUGAGAUCAAAUGGCUGCCUUUCCCCACAAGAUUAUAUUUUUCCUGAUAUCCUCUACUUUGACACAUAUGGUUUCCUCAGCAAUUUUCAAAAAACACGACUUCACUAAAUGGCCUAAGCCCCCAUGUAAAAUGUAUCAACCACCGGAACCAUUUUACGAUGUAGACUGCCCUGAUGUAAUAGCACCUGUUUGUGCCUCAAAUGGCCGCACUUUCCAGAAUGAGUGUUUCUUUUGUGUUGAGCAGUGAUUAGUCCUGUCUUGUCAGUUAACUUCUUCAUGACCUGUGAGAUCUUCUCUGUUGGGGAUCCCCAAGACUAUCUUCAGGCUUGAGGAUUCAGGAGGACUCAUAAAACUCAGAAGGGCUGUUAUAUUCAUGGUAACUGUUUAUUACAAUGAAAGGAUACAAACUAAAAUCAGCAAAGACCACAGAUGCAUGAGGUGGAGUCCCCGAGAGAGCAGGCACACGUUUCCAGCUGUCUUCUCCCAGUGGACUCACAGAAGUGAUACCUAAUUCUCCCUGGUACCAUGACAACACACAUGAAGCAUUGCUUACCAGGGAA